AUGCCCAAAUCAGCCUCCACCGACGCCGACUACUAUGCGAUCCUAAACCUGCCCUUCACGGGCUCCUCAGGCCCCAUCCUCUCCAAACAGCAGAUCAAGCUUGCUUACCACAAAGCCCUGCUCGCGCAUCACCCCGACAAAGCAAGCACGGUCGCCUUCGCCGACGAACCUGCACUUCAAGGAUCGAUUCCCCAUCACGCACCAGGACAAGGAAAGGCACAACUGCGAACCUACACGAUCGACGAGAUUACCACCGCCUACAAAACCCUCUCAGAUCCCUUCCUGCGCGCAGACUAUGAUCGCGCGCUACGCUUAGACCGGGCGAAAGUCGCGGAGCGGGAGAAGACGGGCGAUGUGUUUCACACGGGCCUGGAGAUUGUGGACCUAGAGGAUCUGGCGUGCGAUGAAGAUGGUACAGACGCGACAAUGUGUUGGUAUCGUGGCUGUCGGUGCGGCGAUGAGAGGGGGUUCCUGGUUACGGAGGCUGAUCUCGAGAGAGAGGCUGAGCAUGGUGAGAUCGUGCUCGGGUGUCGUGGGUGUAGUCUUUGGCUGAAGGUUCUUUUUGCGGUUGAGGAUGGGUGA